UCAAUUCGGAAAUGGGACUACUGAUUCGUUCAAGCUUCAUUUUUCGAAUGAAUGUUUCGUAGGCAUCACAUAGAAAACGAAAACUUUAACAGAGAUCACGGAAGAAAAAGUUACAAUUCUAAAUUUAUCAAAUGUAGAUCUACACAAAACAUAGCUGCCCCUCUUCGGAGACUACAUUUAUUAUAGGCGACUUAAAACUUUGUAAGGAACGUUUGCACGUAAAUCUCUAGGGAAGAAACCAUUUGGAACACUAAGGCGGUAUAAUAGUUGGGUUCAAUGGCUAUAUGUUGAUUAACUUUCGUCAGUUUUGUGGUCUUUUUUGGCAUUUUGUUGCCGUGUUGUAUGUUUGUUGCUCACUAUAGCUGCCCUCUCACCAUUAACUCAGAUCCAGCCAGUUGUUCAGUCGACGUGGAGAGUUCUGGUUGUCAUGGUUACGCUCAUGUCUGGAGACUCUAAUGCUGGGAUAGCACACAAGACGGCCGUAUAGGUCGCCAUAGCGACUAUGUGACAUUUGAGUGGAACUGAAUAUUGGAAGAUGAAUUUAUUUAAGCGGGGGAUGAUUUUUGUGACGUUUUUCGGGUCUUGCCUAGGCAUAGCGCUGCUGGUAGCUGCACUGGGAACCAAGUUUUGGAUUGUGGCACGUGCACGUCGGGACUCGAACCCAGAGGAAUCUGAUGGAAGAAUUCACUUCGGAUUGUUCGAUGGAAAGAAGGAGUUAAACGUGGCCUAUGGCUGGAGGACAUAUGACGUCAACGUGAUAGAGUUGAUGCAAACAGACCGUGAGUUUCUCCUGUACGGGCUGUGGGUUGCUGCGAUUGCUUGUCUGGGAGGUGCACUGCUGUUUGCUAGUCUCUCUGCUCUGUUUGCUGUUGUCAAUACAGCCACCACCCCCAUUGGAACAGCCACCGGAGUGCCGGGACUCUACUUGUGGAACUCUCUGGCAAUGUUGUUGAACCUGUGUGCGGUUGGUCUCUGGGCAGUGCAGUUCCAUCGGAAGCUACAGUACAAUGUUAUGAGUAGAGAGGACCGUGACAAUCAGUGGAGCUCUGCCAACAUGGCACACUAUGGCUAUUCUUUCUGGUUUGUGGUUGGGGCAGUCAUCCUGCACUUCCUCAACAUUACUGCCAUCUACAUUGGCACUCGUGAGGCUCGUGAGAAGAAAACCCCACAGCCUAUGAUAGAAGAGAAGUCCAAUGGUGCCAUCAUGUUGUAUUAGUAGGAAGAACUGAAGAUAUACAUAUCUUGCGAUACCAACGAAUUAAGAGACUUUCAGUACAAUGUUUGCAUAGGACUAAUUUAUAAUUUACCAUACAAUUUCAGUUGGGUAUUCCUUCCAAACACUUUUCUUGUUAUAAUGAAUGUUAAGACUUGGUUCAUUCAAGUUGCCUUGUACUUAAAGUACAGCCACUGAAAGCACUCAACAUUGUAUGGAGCAGGCUCAAGUCUGCCAUAACAUAAUAUUGUUAAGUUUAGCCACACUGUCCUUUGGUGGUCUAUCAAAACAAAGUCUGAUUUAGUGUUCUAAAAAGUGAAACAGUGCAACAGGGAUGGCUGGUGCUGAUUUCAACUGCUCUGUCCAGACAGAAGAACAGAGUCAUGCUGUACAUAUGCUCCAUUAUCUCAAUGGUGACAAAAAGUGAAAUGUAGUCUUUCCUAGUUUCAAUUAA